AUGACGUAUCUGGCUAUCGACGAGAAGAUUCGCCAGCUAGAGGCAGACUUCGAACGCCGCCGGGAUGAGAAGACGCAACAGCUGGCGAUCGAGAUUGAGAGGAGGAGCCGCGCUGAUGCGGAGAAACAGGUGGAGGAGAAGUUGAAGGCUCUGCGCGAGCAGCUGGAACGCGACAAGCGAUCUCGGCUGGAGAGGGAAGUGGAGGAGAAGUUGAAACCAUCCGCUGCCGCCUUCGAGCGCGAUGCCAGGGCGAAGCUAGAAAGAGAGGCUGAGGAUCGGAUGAGGAGCUCGCUUCCUGAAAUCGAGAAGACAGUCCAGGAGAGGCUGGAGAGAGAAGUCGAGAGCAAGGUCAGACUUACGCUGCCCGACCUCGAGCGCCGCCUACAAGCGGAGCUGGAGCAGGAAGCGCGAACACGGAUCUCCUCCGAAAGCUUAGAAGAGGAGGCCCGCGCCAGCCUGCUCAAAGAAGCUGAGGAGAAAGCCAGGAAGAUGCUUCCUGAGCUGGAGAAGGAAGCGCGUGACAAGCUGGCCAAGCAGGCAGAAGAAGCUGCAGUCUCAUUGCUGCCAGAGCUAGAGCGCCAAGCGCGCGAGAAGCUGGCGACGGAGGCAGAGGACAAAGUGCGGGCCUCGGCAGCAGCUAGCGUGGAGAAGGAGGUCCGCGAUCGCCUGCGGAAAGAGGCGGAAGAGCGCAUCAAAUCAGAGAUUCCCGACAUGGAGAAGGAAGCUCGUGAACGCUUGAAAUCGGCCGCCCCUGAGUCGAAGAGCCAGCCGGUGAGUGGCGCACCUCCUGCAGCGCCGCCGCCAACUGCGCCCGCAGCACCAAAAGGGCCUCCACCUGCGGCCGUCGUUGCACCGGUUCUGUCCGAUUCCAACCAAGCGGCGCUGGAGGCAGCACGCCAGGCUCAACUGCAGAAGAUGGAAAAGGACCACGAGGAGAAGCUCCGACAGCUUGAAGCGGACUUUGAGCGCCGCCGUCAGGAGCGCACCCAGCUGACGGCAGAGUUGGAGAGGAAAAGCCGCACAGAUGCAGAAAAACAG